GAAGAAGAAGACUGUUUAUUACUACUUCUCGUUACACAAUGAGAAUUGUUUUUCAUUCUCUUGCAUUGAGAAAAUUGCAAAUUACAAAGUGUUGUCAGCAAAUUUCAUCUUCCACAAAACGUUUCUUAACCACUCGAAAACUGUUUGAAAUGACCGAAGAAACAAAAACUACUGCAGCAAUUGAUUAUCCAACUCCCCGAAAAGAUGAGAGUUAUGUGGAAAAUUUACACGGCGUCGAAAUCAAAGACGUCUAUCGUUGGUUAGAAGAUCCCGACUCUGAAGAGACGAAAAAGUAUGUCGAUUUGCAAAAUGAAAUUAGUCAGCCGUUUUUGGAAAAUUUCGAGGCUUGGAAGAAAAUCAAUGCGAAGUUAUCAAAAUUGUGGAAUUAUGAAAAGUACGGCUGCCCCAUGAAACAUGGAGACUAUUAUUAUUUUUACAAGAAUACCGGCUUGCAAAAUCAAAGUGUUUUGUACCAACAGGACAAGUUGGACGGAGAGCCACGUUUGUUUUUCGAUCCCAACGCUUUGUCAACAGAUGGUACGAUUGCAUUAGCUCAAAAAUCAUUUUCGGAAGAUGGCAAAUAUAUGGCAUAUGGUUUGAGCGAAAGUGGUUCGGAUUGGGUUAAAAUCUAUGUACGCAAUGUAGAAACAGGCAAGGAUCUGGAUGAGGCUUUGGAAAAAGUCAAGUUUUCUGACAUAUCAUGGACAAAGGACAACAAGGGCUUCUUUUACGGUCGUUAUCCCGGUCAAGAGGGAAAAACUGAUGGUUCUGAGACCAAACAAAAUGAAUUUCAAAAGCUUUACUACCAUUAUCUAGGUCAACCUCAGGAAAAAGACAUACUGAUAGCCGAGUUCCCCGAAGAGCCAACUUGGCGCAUACAAUCUGAAGUUUCCGAUUGCGGCAAAUACCUCAUUAUGCCCAUAGUAAAGGACUGCCGCGAUAAUAUACUCUACUAUGCAAAUCUGGAAGAAGCCGGAGAAAUUACCGGCAAAUUAAAGGUGAACAAAAUUGUGGAGAAAUUUGAGUCCGAUUACCACUACGUUACAAAUGUGGGCUCAAAGGUUUUCUUUAGAACGAACAAAAAUGCUCCAAAUUAUCGUAUUAUUGCCAUAGACUUUGAUAAUUAUGCUGAAGAAAAAUGGGAAACUUUAGUAGCCGAGCAUGAGACUGAUGUACUCGAUUGGGCCCGUUGUGUGGAUGAUGACAAACUCGUGCUGUGUUAUAUACAAGAUGUAAAGAGUGCCUUGCAAGUUAAUUCAUUAAAAGACGGAAAAUUGAUUAGUAAAUUUGAGUUGGAUAUUGGCACGGUGGUGUCCUUCUCAGGAGAUAAGAAAUAUUCGGAAGUGUUCUACAACUUUUCUUCCUUUCUUAAUCCGGGAACAAUAUAUCAUUACGACUUUAAGUGGGACGACUUUAAGCCAAAAGUAUUACGUGAAAUAAAAUUAAAUUUGGAAAACUUUUCAGCUACCAAUUAUAAAGUAGAACAAGUAUUUUACAAGAGCAACGAUGGCACCAAAGUGCCUAUGUUUAUAAUUUACAAAAAUACUGACGCUAUUAAGCCUAGGCCUUGCCUUUUGUACGGUUAUGGUGGUUUCAAUAUCAGUAUGCAGCCUUCAUUUAGUAUUUCUGGUCUCAUGUUCAUUGACUCCUUCGAUGGUAUACUGGCCUAUCCUAAUAUACGCGGUGGUGGCGAGUAUGGCGAAAAGUGGCACAACGCUGGUCGUUUGUUAAACAAACAAAAUGUAUUUGAUGACUUCCAAACUGCGGCUGAAUAUUUAAUGGCCAAUAACUACACCACCAAAGAUCGUUUGGUUAUACAAGGUGGUUCGAAUGGUGGCCUUCUUGUAGGUGCUUGCAUCAAUCAACGACCGGACCUAUUUGGCGCUGCUGUGGCUCAAGUGGGUGUUUUGGAUAUGCUUCGUUUCCACAAAUUCACUAUUGGUCAUGCCUGGUGUUCGGACUAUGGCAAUCCCAAUGAGAAAGAACAUUUCGAGAAUCUAUUGAAAUAUUCGCCACUUCACAACGUUCAUACACCACAAUCUCCCAAAGAGGAAUAUCCUGCAACUCUUGUGCUAACAGCCGAUCACGAUGAUCGUGUCAGUCCCUUGCAUUCACUCAAAUUUACUGCUGCUCUUCAGGAGGCUGUACGCAAUUCGGAACACCAAAAAAAUCCCAUAUUGUUGCGUGUGUACAGUAAAGCUGGUCAUGGUGCUGGCAAGCCAACAUCCAAACGCAUUGAGGAGGCCACUGAUGUUCUUACGUUUAUGCUUAAAAGUCUUAAGGUUAAAAAUGUGAAUAUUUAAAGGAUUCCCAAAACAAAACCAAUGUGUAUUAACAAAGUACAUACAUACAUACAUACAAAGAUCAACAACAUAGCGCCAUCUUUUAUACAUACAAAUACAAUAUUGUUAAUUAAUAUUCAUUCAUACAUAGAUAUACAAUAAAGACGUAUUCAAAUCUAUAGCUCUUUCUACAAACACUUUGUUAGUGCAUGAUAAUAAUAAAUAAAUAAUACUUUUUUAUAUCUAUAUAAUGUUAAAAUAUUUAAUAAAUGCAUUUCAUAACAGCUGAUAA